AAAUAAAAAAAAUAGAAAUAGAACAAAAUCAAAACAAAACAGAAAGUGAAAAAAGAGAGUGAGAAAAGCGAGAUGCGUUGUUAUGGCUUAUCAAUCCCCGGAAGCGAUCAUCGCUUCUUCCUUCCAACCCUUACUCCGCCACUAUCCCUCCGUCCUACAACAACCGUAUCCGUAACCCGCGUAACAUUCGGGUCGGGUUUUCCGAAACUGAGAGCAACCUUCAACGACGGCGUUGUGGCGGAGGAACUGAGUUUCUAUGAUUUACUAGGGAUACCGGAAUCUGGUUCGUUGAAUGAGAUAAAAAGUGCGUAUAAACAGCUUGCGAGAAAGUAUCAUCCGGAUGUUUCGCCGCCGGAUAGGGUGGAGGAGUAUACGAAGAAGUUUAUUCAGGUUCAUGAGGCGUAUGAGACGCUGUCUGAUCCUUCUAGGAGGAUUAUGUAUGAUCAGGAUAUGGCUAGAGGUGUUCAUCUCGCGUUUAAUGCCAGGAAACGAUAUAAUCGCUCCGAUCAGGGGAAUGAACAAAAAGAUGAAUGGAAAACGCGUUGGCAGUCUCAACUCUCUGGUCUGAAGAGAAGAAGUGACAGCAAGGUUGCUGCUAAGAACAUGUCAUGGGCUGCUCGAAUGCGCCAGCAGAAAGAGAAGGAAAUGUGACCAGAAUUUUCCUUUGUUCUCUAUGUGUAUAAAAAUUGUAUAUAUAAAUAUUUAUAAUUUCCAACUCUAAAUCAAAUCAUAUAUAAUAUGAAUGUUUAGAAAAUACUA